AAAAGAAGGGAGAGGGAGAGAGGUGCAAAACUGGAAGAGGAAUAGAGAAAGUCUGAAUCACAAAAAUGGGACUUAUUGAUAUUCCUCUUGUGAAGCUUGGAAGCCAAGGUAUGGAGGUUUCCAAGUUAGGAUUAGGGUGCAUGAGCCUCAGUGGAGUGUAUAACUCUCCUCUUCCUGAAGAAGAUGGUAUCUCCUUGAUCAAGCAUGCUUUCAGCAAAGGGAUCACCUUUUUUGACACAUCAGAUGUUUAUGGACCCCAUGUCAAUGAAAUUUUGAUUGGAAAGGCACUCAAGGACUUGCCUCGAGAUCAAGUUCAGAUUGCCACAAAAUUUGGGGUUGUCAAAUACGAUUGGGCUAAUGUUAUAGUUAAUGGUACCCCUGAAUAUGUUCGAUCCUGUUGCGAGGCUAGCCUCCAACGCCUUGGGGUGGAGUACAUUGAUCUCUUUUAUCAACACCGUAUUGACACCACUGUUUCCAUUGAGGAUACUAUGGGAGAGCUUAAGAAGUUGGUCCAAGAGGGAAAGAUAAAGUACAUAGGAUUAUCUGAAACUAGUCCUGAUACACUAAGGAGGGCACAUGCUGUUCAUCCAAUUACUGCUGUGCAAAUGGAGUGGUCUCUUUGGGCUCGUGAUAUUGAGGAAGAGUUUGUCCCCCUUUGCAGGGAACUUGGGAUUGGAAUAGUGCCAUAUAGUCCCCUUGGUAAUGGAUUUUUCGGUGGCAAGGCUGUCGUGGAAAGUUUACCUGCAAACAGUGCUCUGGCAUUCCACCCAAGGUUUCAAGGGGAGAACUUAGACAAGAACAAAAUCUUCUAUUCUCAGCUUGUGAAGUUGGCAGAGAAGUAUGUAUGUACAUCGUCACAACUUGCUCUUGCAUGGUUGCUUCAUCAAGGAGAUGACGUGGUACCCAUCCCUGGAACAACUAAGAUUAAAAAUCUUGAUAAUAAUAUCGGUUCGUUGGAAGUGAAGCUCAGCGAAGAUGAUUUGAAAGAAAUUACAGAUGCAAUGCUAAUAUCUGAGGUGGUAGGGGAGCACAUUAAUGAUGCAUUUCUUAAAUGCUCAUGGAAGUUUGUUGACACUCCGGCAAAAGCAUAGCUAGAUACCAGUUAUGCUGCACCUCAGCAAUCAGAUACAUUUGAAUCCUCAAACUUUGUAAUGUUUUACUAAAAUACAAAUAAAUAGAUACAGAUUGAGGGAGAGGCACAGUUCUGAAGAAUUGAGGAAGAAAAUGUUGCAGUGAUCAGUGAUGUUAUUGUUCACAAAAGAUUCCUCUGUUCUGAUGCAUUUGUUAUGUGUAUUAGCAGCAUGAUGAUGGUAGUAUUUUUUAAAGACUUUUCCCAUUAAUUAUGUGCUAAUAUCAGAAACACUAAAAUUAACUGCUGUCAAGGCCUUACUCUAUAGAGUUAUGAAACAUCCAUUUAUGUA